CUUUUGUUGGUUGUUAGAUGAUCCAAAACGUCAGGGCUCUUGUGCUCCAGUUAUAGUGUAACUAUCUCUGGACGAGAAGGUCGGGGUUCAAAUGCCACUUGCUUCAAAGGUGUAUUCCAAAAGAACACUUCGACACAGGUCCAUUCGAAAAUAUUUACAGUACAACCACAUGUCCCUGAACAAACAUUUGAACCGUCCCGCCAAUUACCCAGUGCGCAUCGUGCUGCGCAUGCGCAGUCCAUUGUUUUGACUAAAAAUGCCGUCGGUUUCGAAAGCUGCGACGAGCGCUUCUCCUCAGACGGAGAAACCGUCUCAUUACACGUAUUUGAAGGAGUUCCGGACCGAGCAAUGCCCACUUUUCCUGCAGCACAAGUGCGCCCAGCAUAGGCCCUUCACCUGCUUCCACUGGCAUUUCCUCAAUCAGCGGCGGCGGAGGCCCAUCAGGCGGCGGGACGGCACCUUCAACUACAGCCCGGACGUCUACUGCACCAAAUACGACGAGACAACCGGAAUCUGCCCGGACGGAGACGAUUGUCCAUAUCUCCAUCGAACGACUGGGGACACAGAAAGAAAAUACCAUCUACGCUAUUAUAAAACUGGUACAUGCAUCCAUGAAACAGAUGCUCGUGGGCACUGUGUGAAAAAUGGGCUUCACUGUGCGUUUGCUCAUGGUCCACAUGAUUUACGUCCCCCAGUAUAUGACAUAAGGGAACUCCAGGCACAGGAAGCACUGCAGAAUGGUCAGCUUGGGGCAGGAGAGGGCCUUCCUGAUCUACAGCCAGGUGUGCUGGCUAGUCAAGCCAUGAUAGAAAAAACGCUGUCUGAAGAUGCAAGAUGGCAGGAAACAAACUUUGUACUAGCAAAUUAUAAGACCGAACAGUGUAAUAAGCCACCUCGACUCUGUCGACAAGGCUAUGCCUGCCCUCAUUAUCAUAACAGCCGGGACAGAAGAAGGAACCCUAGAAAAUUUAAAUACAGGUCAACUCCGUGUCCUAAUGUCAAACAUGGGGAUGAAUGGGGAGAGCCAACAAAAUGUGAGAGUGGAGAUAACUGCCAGUACUGUCACUCCCGCACUGAGCAGCAAUUUCAUCCAGAGAUCUACAAGUCUACAAAAUGUAAUGAUAUGCGGCAGACAGGAUACUGUCCUCGAGGGCCUUUCUGUGCAUUUGCACAUGUUGAAAGAAUCCCUUCUACUGAGGAAGUGCAGAUUAUGAAUCAGGUCGCCUCUAUGAUGCAGGCAGGAGCUGCGGCAGGUACUCAGUCCAAGCAAAGUGCUAGGCUUUAUUCUACAGAAAGUAUUGGACCUGCAAGUGAUUGGGGCUCAAGUAUUAACUCAGGCAGCAAUAAUGGACAGAUAGGAAAUGUUUCAUCAUCUAGCAGCCCAACAGUUACUUCAAGUUCAGGUAGUAACAGUUCAUUGUCUCCUAUUGAACCAAUACGUAGGCUCAAAUAUUUCACUAAUGAUAGUUUAUGUUCAGAUCCUGCGACAUCCAGUGUUUCAUCACCGACAUCUACAUAUCCAAAAGCACCAGGAUUUGAGCGAGAAGAUCAGGCAAAACAACAUAAGAAUCAAACACUAGAGAGCAACCAGAAAUUAAAUGAACAUGAUAGUAAACAGAAUCUUUUAAAUGUGUUUUCAGUGGUAAAUCCACUGGCUUCCAGUAUAACAUCCAGUUUGGCAUCUAGUAUUGGAUCUGAUACUUCAUCUCCCUCGACUUUGUCAACUAUGAAUGCCAAAGCAGUUCCAUUUUAUCCUGCUAGCAAUACAGUAGAAUCCGUUAUUGGUUCUGCUUUAGAUCUUCAUUUUAGUGACGUGAAUGUUGCAUCUCUUGAUAAGGAAUUAGAGGAUCAAGAUACUGGUGACAUAGGAUUAAAAGGUCAGCGGUUAUUGGGCAGUUCAGCACCUGUAAAUAUUCCAGGAUCACUUGCUCGCUCUUCAUCCUUGCAUUCUUCUUCUUCCUUAUCUGCUUCUCCACUUGGUUCCCUUUCUCAGUCUUUUCUUUCGACGAGCAUGGCUCCACAACAACAGUCCCAGCAAUCAUCAAAGUCUGAGCAUGCUCUUCUGGGUACAUCAGCCUCCUCUCAUAGUUCCUUAGGUUUGAAUGGUGUUUCUGGCAGUAUCUGGGAUCAUUUUGUUAGUGGCAAUUUCUCUCCGAGCCCAUCUCCAGUAUUCAGUAGUAGUGCCACAACAACCACUGCUGGCUCCAGCAACAGUGAGCUGGCCAGAGUGCGAAGAGAACUUGAGGAGGCUAAGCGAAAGAUCAAACAAUGGGAAGAUUCAUGGCAGCAAGUGAAGCAGGCAUGUGAUGCAUGGCAGAAGGAAGCUCAAGAGGCCAAAGAGAGAGCAAAAGCAGCGGAUACUGAUCGGCAAGUAGUAUUACAACAAAAGGAAGAAGUGGAUAAACAGCUUAAAAAGCUACAGGAGGACUUUGAUGCUUUAUAUCGAUCUCCAAAUUUUCCCCUUCUAAGAAACUAUGGAGAUAUAGACAAGCUUCCACUACCAAAGCUUCAUUCUAUACAAAGUCAAUUGCGUGCAGAUUUGGACCUUGUAGAUGGGGUAAUUUAUCAGCUCCAGUCGAAGAAAUGCAUUGUAUGCCAGGAGCGGGACCGUUCUAUUUUACUUCAGCCUUGCCAGCAUUAUGUCCUCUGUGAGCACUGUGCACCUAACAAAAUUGAAUGUCCCUAUUGCAAAACUAAAGUAAUGAAUUGGUGAUGAAUAUAUUCUAGGUACAUGGGACUAGCCUUUUGAAGAACGACUACACUAUCCUAACAAUUCAAAGCUGUAGUGCCCCCUCAUGUUGGAAAUAUUUUAAAUUACGCAGUGAGUAUAUCCUACCCUACAAAAUACAACAUUUGUCUGUACUUUUUUCUUAAACUUUUUUUUAAUAUGUAUAAGCUCUUUCCCUUGGGGAAAACUUGCCACAUGCAUCUUGGUAAACCAGUUUAUUAGUGACUUACUCAGUCCAUUCUUGAGCACGUUAGCCAUACGGUUUACUUUAAUCUGACUGACGUGCUUCACAAUGUUGCUGCAAUUCCAUCACUUGCAUAUGCCCUGUGUUUACAGCUGGUUCCUUACCGCAUGCAUUCAGAAAUAAAAUUGAAGUAAACUCAAGGCACUUCAGAAUCAUGGUGUAGGAUCAACUUGCUGUGUAUUUCCAAUGAAUAUUGCAUGCAGAGCACUGCAGCUUUAGCAUUUUUAUGUUCUAGUAUUUUACAUAUAAAAUUAAAAAGGAAAAAAAUUACUAGGUUAUGUGAAGAGGUUUAAUUUCCUGUAACGCACUUUGUUAACCUGGGUUUUUUUUUGUUUAGAGGUUAUAAUAAAUUGCUUUCAAGCUGCUUUGUAGUUUUUUUUUCCAGAACAUGUGAUAAUAUAAAGCUUUGUAUGUGUACUGUGAAACCUGUUAAUAGAUAUUUGGUAUUCAGAUUCUUACUGUUAAAUCAUAGUACAGUGAAUAUUGUUAGAUUUCCUAUUCUAAUUAAGUACAAUUAUAAAUAUUAGUAUUGUGCAACUUGCUAGGAUUUUUACAUUUUUCAAUUUAUAAAUUAAGUGCAAACUUUUAAUGCUUAAAAGAAUAACCAGCAGCAAUUUCAUAAUGGCACAUAAUGCUAAUCUGAGCAAACAAGCAGUCCGAAGAAAAGUUUGCUAUUUUAUAUAAUAAAAUGAACCAGGCUUAUUUUUUGUUUCUUCUCUGGAACAAGCUGCGUUGACCAGCAUGUGGUUGGAGAUUUUUGUAGCUAGUAUCAUCGAAGUUUUAAUGAAUAUUUUUUCUUCAGUUGGUGCAACUCCUAGCCUUGUAAUCAUUUAAAAUGACAAUGUCUAAUUUCUGGCCACUGUUACCAAGUGCCUUCUGCCUUGCCUCAACCUAAAUUGCAAUGACAACUUCUGUCAGACAGGCAAAGGUACUUUGAGAAAUCUUUGCACUGAUUAUAUAUACACACAUAUAUAUUUAAAUAUAUAAUUAAUGCAAAUCUUAGACCAGCUCUCUUACUGUAAAGAAGUUAGGUGCAUAAAAUUCAGGAUGAACUCGUAUUGAAAAUAGAUGUUGAAAUUGCCAGUUUCUUGUUCUAUCUGAUUUAGAAUAUAGUCAGCACCAGAGAGUGUAACCUGUGCUCUCCCUUUCUUACACUUUUCACUUGACUGAACAGCAUAAUAUGUACAGGUUAUGAUUAAGAAUGAAAAAUUGACCUAUUACUGUGUUAAUUGAAACAAUUUAUCUUCACUUCUUGUCAUUCUGUAUCAGAAGUCCAUUAAUAGCAUCACCAUCAAAGUGUGGAAGCACCAGUUAGAGAUGGAAAGAUACCUGCUGUUUAAAGAAACUAGUUUACUUUCAAAAAUACAGAAAAAAAAACUGGUUCAUUUACAUUGAACUGUUUAGAGUGAAUGAAACAGUAAUAAAUCAUGUAAGUGCUGUCAUCAGCCAAUUGGUGCAAAUCUGAAUGUAUCUUAAAUUUAUAGUGAGCCUCACCAUUACAAAGUCCAUGUGCAAAUGAGGAAUAUUUCUGAUCCUAAUUGGAACAUUUACUUGAUGCAAACAGUAUUUGAAAUGUUGCAUUAGAAGUGUCCAUUUAAGCAUGGAAAUGAAUUAAUUUCAUGAACAGUGCAGUUGCAACAAACCUUAAUACUGUGUGUAAACUUGCCCCACACCCACUUCCUUCUGUAGCAGAAACCCAAUCUAAUCAAGAGCAGAAAUUUAUUUUUAUUAGAUCAUUUAAUCAGAAUAUGAGCUUAUAUUUGUUGGAUGUUAGAAAACUCUUUCCAAGCUUACAUCACCAUUGCUAUAUUCAUUGUUGGAUUAGUGUGGCCAAAUCAAAGUUAAUCUGAACUGAUUUCCUACUUUAAAUGCUUCUUUUCAAACUUGUAAUGUCUUAAAUUUAUAAACACAUAAUAAAGGUUGGGGCCAUUGUUAUGUGGAAGUCUAAUGUCUAUAACUCUGUAGGAUGAAGAAGUUAAUGCAACGGUUAAGGACCAACUUCACAAUGAGUAAAGCAUACUGUUAUUGUCCAGUACUAUAGGGAUGCAUUCACACUUAAUGCAGUAAACUGAGUAAUUUAUGCUCAAGCUCACUGUGGUAGAGACUGCAUUUCACCAUAAAAAAGCCAGCAUUUUCAGUAUGAAAUUCUUGUCUUUGGGAUGUCAAAUCUCUGUUUGCACGUCAAUUUUAAUAACACAACAAAUUGCAAAAUGCCUCUGAAUAAACAUUCUGACUGUGAUCUGCACUUAACACAAGAAAAUUCUGCACUUUGCUGAAGAGUUAUAAUGGACUUCUAGACCACAUGUUGUCUUUGCCAAAGAACUUCUCUGUAUAGCAAUUUAUUAUUAUCUGUAGUUUUAACAAGACAUGUAAAUACUAAACGGUAGCUAGUUAUAGGCAGAAUUACUGAAACAGUGACCAAAAUUAGAAAUUUUAAUUGUGUUGUGUUCUCAGUAAGGGUAAAGAGAUUCCACUUUUUUGUAUAAAAAUCACGCUUAUUACAUGAAAUGCUCUUUGAUCACAGACUGCUAACAUUUCUUUAAAAAGAAUGUGGAAUGUAUGAAGUUCUACAGUUAUAAAGUACAUUGUAUUGGGGAAAAAUAUACAACAUAAAAGCAGUCCAGAUUUCAAGGUUUACUUCUGUUCAAGGUUAUUGUGAAGUAAAAUUUUGCUUGGUAUUGAUUUUUUUAAAAUAUAGUGGCCAUCUGCAUCAAUGCUCAGUUAAAUUGCUUAUAAAAAUUUUAUAGGUUUUUGUUCUAUUGAAAUUUGUCACAUUAAUGGUAAGCCUAUUACAUAUUAAUGCUUGUGCACUACUGUUGGCAUUGAAGAACUGUUAAGAAAACUAGCCCGUUCUUUACUGCAUGUACUGUAUUCUGCCAUAUUCAUCAUGGAAUAACAUUAGUUUUGAAAAGAAAAUCACCAUUCACAACUGUGAGCUAGGAAGUGGCCCUAUAGGAUGAUAUGCAGCACGAAAUGUACAUUUGCUAAGUUAAUCACAGCUCAACCCUUUACAAAAGCCUGGCAACCCAGCCAGGCAUUAGUAAUCAAUGAAAUCUCCGAGUGCAAACUAUUGAAAUAGAAACAAAACCAAAUGUAAAUCUGACUGAACGGUUCAUUGUCACAUCAGAACAAAAUUGUCAAAAUAUAAUCAAUUCUCAAUUUGAGGAAGAACUUGCAAUCACUUCUUCCAAGUACUGUUGCUUUAGAUCCAAAUGCCAAAGUUUUUGAAGUAUUUUGCUGAACUUAAAGUCAAUUUGUUGGCAAACCUGUUACUCUCCUCCCCCUCCUGUUUGAAAAUUGUAGACAAUUACUUUUAAUAGAUCAUGAGCUCUUUCGCAAUAGUCAGUCAGUCUCAAAUCUGUUUAAAAUCUCCAGAAUUAAAGAUCUGCCGCCUGGAAGUCUAUUUUUAUUGGCCUAUGCUUCAAAAGUUGUGCUACCAUGAAUUGGCUGCAUGGGAUUUGGCUGUAUUCCCAUCAGUAUUCUGCAUGAAUCUUCCUGUGGAGGAAAAUUUACCUUUUUUGGAGAUGUUGUCAGAGCUACAAGCCUCAGUCGUCCUACCUGAAUCAAAUAUUUUUGUUUUUUGAGGGUGUGUUUGCACUGGCACUGUUAUUAUCACUGCAACAAUAAACUUUGUGUGUAAACAGUCAGAUUUCUCAGUCUAACUCCUCCAACUUGGGGAAGUCUCAGCUGCUGGAGUUUUCAAAUACAGACUGCAGAUUCCUUACCACAGUACAAACACAGUCAAUACCUGCUUUGAGCUCAAAUAACCAUUGUGUUUAUUGCACCCCUUAUAGCAAACAAGUAUUCAUCUCUCAUUCUAUCUCAGCUGUUCUGUCUGUCUCUCUUGUUUAUAUUUAUCAUGUGACUUUGGAAUGGAUGGUCAAAAUUAGAGGAAUGGAGUUUACCACAAACAAAUCAUUGUGCAAGGGAAGGCAUGGUCCCAACGUUGGUUCACUUCUGGCAUUUAUUUUUAUUUAUUCUUUUUAUUUUUAUAGAAGUGGAACAAGACCUUUGCCCCUCCAUUGGUGCAUUUUUUUUUCAGUUGCUCUAAGUCAUUGAAUGAAUUAUUUGGGAUUGUGAAUGCCCGCACUGUGAGCUUAGUGCUUCACAGUGUCCCACAGGAACAUUGCAUUUCUGACUGUUGCACUG